CGUUUCUUUGCAGUUAACUUCAGGUUAGUUUCUUCCAGUUUAUUUGUGUAUUUGGUUUGUUUAAGCCUUCGUUUUCUGAAGUUUUUGUUAAUAAAUUGCUUCAAAGUAUGACUGAUCUGGAGCAGCUGCAGACUGCGCUGCACUCUUUGAAAGUGCUCAGAUCCAAUGUGGGUAUAGCCUUCGAGUCGGUGAGCAAUGGUCUCAGGGCUGAUCAUGGCGAAGAUGGUAAAGAGAACAAGUUUAUACUCGAGCUGCAAGAGUUGCUUUCCACUGUCAAUAACAAUUUGAGGGAUGUCGAAGGGGCUGUCUCCAAUUUGUCCAUCCCUCCAGGCCCGUUCGCUUUGGGGAAUACCAUUUAUUUGAGUCAGGAGGUUACGCAGGAAAGACAAUCACUUUACGUGCAGUUGGUGAACAGCUACAAAUGGACAGACAAGAUCAGAGACUACAGUGCUUUGGCUGGUAACAUUUUAGCCUCGAAUUCAGUUAACAAGACGUACAAGACUUUCAGCACGACGAAGCGUAGGAAAACGCAGACGAGUACACACAAUGUUCCUCCAGAGGUGAUUGAGAAUCUUAUAACAGGAAUCGAUCGGUUGUUUCCGGACGUGACUAUAACGGCUUCGCGACCUUUCGUACCGAAUCCCGUGAUACAGGCUUCUUUGAGUCGCGUUCUGAAGGCGGUGAUUGCGUUCAAAGGUCUGAUGAUCGAGUGGGUCGUCGUCAAAGCUCACUCAGAGUCGAACGAUCUGUGGACGGAGUCCAGGUAUAAAGUCUUCAAAAAGGUCACCGAGAAUUGUCACGCGGCGAUGUGCCAUUUCCAUUCGCCGACGAUGCCCGAACUAGCAGUCAAAUCCUUCAUGCAUUGGUUCCACAGCUACAACACUCUGUUCAGCAAUCCGUGCAAAAGGUGCGGCAACUACCUGUACAGCAAUUUGCCGCCGACGUGGAGGGAUUUGAGGACUUUGGAGCCGUACCACGAGGAAUGCAAAUGAGUAACUUAAAUCCAUACAAAUAAUUCUUCUCGAUCUUUUUUUUUUUAGUAUUAGUCUGUAUUUGUUUACGCUCGUAAAACCUUCACCUUUUUCGUAUGUAUAGAGAUGUAUUUUUUAUUGCAUUUUUCUUGAAACUUUAUUACAUGUUCCAUAUAUAUAUAU